AUGGAAGGGGUGUUAUCUGUUCCACCGGAAAGGAACCUAUUAAGUCGUGGGAACUGGAAGAAUCGAUAUGUAGUCCUCGGCCCGCGAAAAGUCCUCAGCAACACAUCCGCCCCGAGGAAAAUGUCUGCCGUGGGAGUAUCAUACGACGAGGACUUGGGCAGCGUGGAAGAUGUAUUCAGUAAUCAUUCUGAAGAUGAUUUCCCGGCGAGAUAUUUUCCUGAUAUGAGGCUUAGUAUAUAUCGUCAGCGGAUGGAUCCCGAGCCAAUGGUCUCCUAUUCUCUCGAUUGCGUAACUUCGUGUUAUGUUGGCGAUAUUGCACACCGGAAAGCAUUCUCUUCAAUGAGCAAGACGACAUAUAAUCCGCUCUGCCCGACCUUAGUCGUCAACCUUCAACUAGACACAAGUUUCCCAUCAUCUCGAAGAAAAGGAAUGGACAGUCCCACAGCCAGCGUUUCACAGCUCUACGAACCGGAUGACGGGAAACUUACGCUGUUUUUCCGAUCUGGACCUAAAGACACGCCAUUAACAAUUUGGUGUCGAGAAAUCCAAUCCCAUAUUCGCUCGACCAAUUCUCGACGAUCCUCUUCAGUAACUUUUGGAGGCGACAAAGCAAUAAGCUCGAGACAUUCUUACCGGGCUACUGCCUACGAUCUAAAGAUUGCAGAAGACGAAUGGGAAGAAGAACGUGCCGGCCACCACCAUCAUGAUCAUUCGAUGAUACCAACGACCAGAUCAUCAGAAGAAUCCGGCGAGUCUUCCGGAGGCUCUGGAACAGGAGCACCACGGCCAAUUUCUACAUUAAUGAUGCAUGAAUUUGGACCCGGACCUUCUAUAAGUACGAACCAAUCACCCAUCGAUCCGCACGAAAUGUCGCCAACGGGCGGGUCCGAAUAUAUGACCUGCGCCAGUCUAUCAAGCUCUCCACGAAGAGAAACUAUUCUGGAUCGAGCUUUCAGCAUGAAUUAUAUACCUUCAUCACCAACCCUUUCUACAACUUCACAUUUUCUCUCAACGCCACCUAUCAAUUCUGUUGCUCGAUUUGAGGCUGUCGCCGCGGAUCCAUCGCUAUCUCGGGAUUACAGAUACAGCAGUCGCGAUGCCGAUCCAAGUGUCAUGCCAGCAUCAUUUUUCAAAUUCAAAUAA